UUCUGUCUAUGAGUGUAGACGUGUUUAUUUAUUUCGUUAAUAUUUUCCGCAUUUUUUUUACUUGUGAAUUUUUGAAUAGGUACCCGUUGCGAUGUACCUCAGUAACGUUUUUAGGACGAGCGGACUACCCGAGUGUGAACUAAUUGCUAAUAAUUGAACAAAUGAUUAAUUUCUAAUAAAAGAGCAUUAGAUCUGUCGAACACUUGGUUCUAAAGGUUUGAUACGUGUUUGUAUUGUACCAUCUUUAUGUUACUAUGUAACCGUUUCCUUUGCCUAUGUGUAUAGUGUUUAAAAAAAAAGUGCGAUGUGAUAUUUUCACAGUUUUAGAGAAUUUUUAAAUUUGGAAGCUCUGGAAUAAGGGGGAUAUGCCUAACACUGCGGCCACUGGGUUUCAAUGGGACAAACUCUCACCGGCCGAGUUUCAGCAGCUGCAGGAGUUAGCAUCCUAUUCCACGAGAAAACUUCAAGAUGUACUUAAUGAGUUCUGUGAAGUCAAGAAGCAAAGUCCAGAUGGGGACAUCGACUAUGAGGGCUUCCGUUGGUUUCUUGAUACAUUCCUCGAGGUCUCCACACCAGAUGAACUGUCCAGGCACCUGUUCCUCUCCUUCGUCCGCCGGGACCGGCGACCGGCGCUACGGGAGAUGGCGGCGGCGAGCUCCGCCGCAGCCUGCGCGGCCGUCACGGCACACGCUGACCAUCAGGGCAAGCUAAGUUUGGCAUCAAAAAUUCACGGUCUAGCCGAGCGGUUGCAACAACUCGGCAGAAGUUCAGGGGACUCCGUCGACGGCAGUGACAGGGGCUCCAGGAGCAGGACUGGGAGCGUACACCCAAUGUUCACAGUGACGACCCAUCCGUCGUACUCCUCACACGAGUUAUGUCUUGACAGACGGACGGAAACCAGCCCCAGCCACAGUCAAAUGUCCAGGAACUCCAGUAGGAAAAGCAGCAAUUCGCUACGGGUUAAUCAAUCUACAAAAAUUGAAGACUUCAAACACCUAAUCAGACGACCGUCCACACUCGAAGUCCACACUGCUCGAGUUUCGCUCAAAGACAUAGUUUGCUACUUGUCUCUUCUGGAGGCGGGGCGACCAGAAGAUAAACUGGAAUUUAUGUUUCGAUUGUACGACACUGACGGUAACGGAGUGCUGGACACCAACGAGAUGGACUGCAUCGUGAAUCAGAUGAUGACCGUCGCUGAGUACCUCGGCUGGGAGACGUCGGAAUUACGGCCGAUCUUACAAGACAUGAUGGUAGAAAUUGAUUAUGAUGCAGAUGGAACAGUGUCCCUUGAUGAAUGGAAAAGGGGAGGAAUGACCACAAUACCACUAUUAGUCCUCCUAGGAUUGGACACCAACGUGAAAGAAGAUGGGGAGCAUGCGUGGAGGUUGAAACACUUCAGCCGGCCCGCAUACUGCAAUCUGUGUUUGAACAUGCUGGUCGGGUUAGGGAAAAAAGGACUCUGUUGUAUAUUUUGCAAGUUCACAGUACACGAACGUUGUGUACAGCGCGCUCCGGCCUCUUGUAUAGCAACUUAUUCGAAGUCCAGAAGAGCGUCCGCCACGCUUGCCCACCAUUGGGUUGAAGGCAACUGUCAUGGGAAAUGUGCCCGGUGUCGGAAAAAGAUCAAAGGAUACAACGGCAUAACUGGACUUCACUGUCGAUGGUGUCAUAUCACAUUGCACAACCGCUGCGUGGGCAGCGCUGGUGGGGCUUGUACCCUGGGCACCCACGCGAAGCACAUACUCCCGCCCACAGCGAUACGACCGUUAGUGCUUGACCGACAGAGAUCGCUACCUCAUAGACCUCAGCAAGAUCAGCAAACCCUCCCUACUUCAAUAUCACUGCCAAUCUCCAUCUCAGCGCCUCCGGAAGAUAAGAAAGAAGAGAGAAGAGAACACCGAGCUCCGCCUAUUUCAUUCCAAAUCACUCCACCCGAUGGGACCUGCCCGUUGUUAGUCUUCAUCAACCCAAAGUCGGGUGGCCGACAAGGAUCCAGGAUUAUGAGGAAACUGCAGUAUAUAUUGAAUCCUCGGCAAGUCCACGAUAUAGCAAAAGGUGGACCGAUGCAAGGCUUGCAAAUGUUCAAAGAUGUCAAAAACUAUCGGGUCAUAUGCUGCGGCGGAGACGGUACAGUUGGUUGGGUGUUGGAAACGAUGGAUAAGGUUCAAAUGGAAACUCAGCCGGCUGUGGGGGUGAUACCACUCGGUACCGGCAACGAUCUGGCCAGGUGUCUCCGGUGGGGAGGCGGUUACGAAGGGGAGUCCAUUCACAAGAUUUUAGACAAGAUCACUCGCGCGAGCACUGUCAUGAUGGACCGAUGGCAGAUACACGUCGAGAACUCGUCCGCAGAGUGCGAACAACUUCAGAUGCCAGAAUCAGCGCCUCAUCCAACGUCGGUCCCAUACAACAUCAUCAAUAACUACUUCUCCAUAGGUGUUGAUGCAGCGAUCUGCGUGAAGUUCCACACAGAGCGGGAGAGAAACCCUGAUAAGUUCAGUUCUCGUAUGAAGAACAAGUUGUGGUACUUCGAGUUCGCCACCUCCGAGCAAUUUGCGGCCAGUUGCAAGAACUUACACGAGCACAUAGAUAUCGUGUGUGACGGCUCAUCCCUGGAGCUGAACAAGGGUCCAGCGCUGCAAGGCGUGGCGCUGCUGAACAUCCCCUACGCCCACGGGGGGUCCAACUUGUGGGGGGCGAGUGGGGCACACCGUAGGGGCCGGUUUCCUAACGCUCAACAAGAUAUUGGUGAUAAACUAAUAGAAGUAAUAGGUCUAGAAAAUUGUCUACACAUGGGCCAAGUUCGCACUGGUCUAAGAGCAUCAGGCCGGCGAUUGGCGCAGUGUAGCUCAAUAACAAUCACAACGAAAAAGACAUUCCCAAUGCAGAUAGAUGGAGAACCGUGGAUGCAACCGCCUUGCAAAAUAAUUAUAACCCACAAGAACCAAGUUCCGAUGUUAAUGGGACCAGCACCGGAGAAAGGGCGGGGUUUCUUCAAACUGUUUACACAUUGUUAACCCAUUGAUUUUUUAUUAAUUUUACACUAAUUUAUUGCAGAAGUAAACUUGGCCCACUUUUUACUAGUGCAUUUUUUUUAUGAUAUCUACAAAAUAAAUAUAUUGAGUUGCA